AUGGCGGACGCAAACGAGGAGGCGCUCGUGUACGCCGAGCUGCAACAAGAACUGAUUGAGUUACAGCGGGAGAAACGGCUGCUACAGCAGAAGUUACGUCGGCACAGGCUACAGCAGUCGCUGUCCAAGAAGACUGCCACACUCGAUCCUUCCCUUCAAGGACCAGCCGCGAAGGAGGUUGUGGAUGCAGCAGCGACAAACGCAAAACGAGCAAAGUUGAGUGAACUGCAGCGGGCAUAUCGGCUGGGUGGGUGUGCGGUGUUUGCAAUCGAUCCCGUGACGGUCGGGGUUCGCUUUGAGACAAGCUUCGAAGGCACCUACUACGAGGAAUACUUUGCUGUGCUGGUGUUCAACGAGGAGCACUUUGAGCUCUCCAAACACACGCUGCCCGGGUUCUUGCCACUGGACCGGCUCCGGCAGCACGCACGCACCAACCUCACCACAUUCCUGGAGGACACGAGCGCUCUCCUUCAGGCAUACGUGUCACGGCGGCAGCAGCUCAAUGCGCUGCAAGAGGUCGUUGUGAGCGGGGAAGAAGUCCUAACAAACCCUUCGUGUUCUUGCGCAGAAUUCCUCACCAUGAUUGAAGAGCGGCUGGUGAAGGUGAGGCUGACGGCAGAUGACCUGGACUGCGCAGCGUUCACGUCGCUGACCAUCCACUCCACAGGUAUGGCGCACUGCUUUGCUUUUGGCAAUCGUGUUGCAGUGUGA